AUGGAGUUUCUUGAUGGUUCUAAUGAACUCAUAGAUCCAAGCGAUACGCUGAAUGAAGAACCUGACAUGGAGGCGUUAACGAGCCGCAUGAAGGAGAUCGAAGAAGAAGCUCAACUGAUUCGUAGGAUGCAAAAUGAUGUCGAGAAACAGAUGAAUUUAAGUUCGAGUAGUGGGCUUACUUCACCUACUGCUCUAUCUUUGGAAGAAAAGAUUGAGGCUGAUGCUAGAUCAGUUUAUGUAGGAAAUGUAGAUUAUUCCUCAACGGCAGAGGAACUGGAAGCUCAUUUUCAUGGAUGUGGAUCUGUGAACAGAGUAACUAUCCUCACCGAUAAGUUUUCGGGCCAUCCAAAGGGCUAUGCAUAUAUAGAAUUUGCUGAUAAAGAAUCAUUGGCAACAGCAUUAGCACUGGAUGAAUCUCUUUUUCGUGGUCGGCAGAUAAAGGUCUGUGCAAAGAGAACAAAUAGACCUGGCGUAAGUACAACUAAUCGACCACCGAGAAGCCGAGGACGCAGUGGUGCUCGUGUCAUAGUAAAAUAUAUUUACGGCGGUGGGUAUCGAGGUGCACGAUCUCGCGAUGGUUUUCGUUGUUAUUGUUAG